AAUUGGGAGGCUCGGUUGCUGCUGGAGAGAUCCAGGGCAGUGAAGUGCCCUGACAUUGCUACCCAGCUUGCAGGCACCAAGAAGGUCCAGCAGGAGCUGAGCCGGCCAGGGAUACUGGAGAAAUUACUGCCCGGCCGUGCCGAGACUGUUGCUCGAAUAAGAGCAACGUUUGCUGGACUCUAUUCCCUGGACAUGGGUGAAGAGGGUGACAAGAUAGCUGCUAUGGCGAUCGCUGACCCCGACCAGUUUGUGCUGAAGCCACAGCGAGAAGGUGGAGGGAACAACCUCUAUGGUGAAGAGCUCAAGCAGGUUCUGGAGAAGAUCAAAGACAGCCCUGAGAGAACCUCCUACAUCUUGAUGGAUAAGAUCAAACCACAGCCAGCAGUGAAUUACUUGCUGAGGGCUCACAGUCCGCUACAAGCGUCCGAGUGCAUCUCGGAGCUCGGUAUUUUUGGUGUCUACGUCAGACACGGCAAGGAGAUGGUGAUGAACAAGGCCGCCGGCCACCUCCUGCGGACAAAGGCGAUCGAGCACGCAGACGGCGGGGUGGCAGCUGGGGUGGCGGUGCUGGACACCCCUUACCUGGUGUGA